CUCCUCCUCCGUCCUCCUGGUGCCUGCCUGCCUGGGCUGCUCCUGGGCCAGGGCUGGGAGGGUCUGCAGCAGCAGAGGCCGCCCGGGAGAGCCAUCAGCUUCAGCUCCAGCCCCCUCCGGCCAGAGGAUGCCUGCGUCCGGCCUCCUCCUCCUGGGGCUCCUCUUCCAGCCCUUGGCCCUGGCAGCAGCUGCAGCUGCAGCAGCCUCCUCCGCCGCCAGUCUCUCCUGGGAGGAAGGACGCAGCUGCUCCGCGCCGCUCCCCAGGCAGCCUCCGGGGAUCAGAACAUACCCUCGUCCACAUGAGUAUUUGAACCCAUCUGAACUCCCAAAGAGCUGGGACUGGCGGAAUAUAGAUGGAGUCAAUUACGUGAGCUCCACUCGCAACCAGCACAUCCCAAAAUAUUGCGGAUCCUGUUGGGCUCAUGGCAGCACUAGUGCCCUGGCAGAUCGCAUCAAUAUUAAGAGGAAAGGUGCCUGGCCCUCAGCUUACCUCUCCGUUCAACAUGUUCUCGACUGUGCCGAGGCAGGGACCUGUCAUGGAGGAGACCACCUGGCUGUAUGGGAGUAUGCUCACCACCAUGGCAUCCCGGACGAGACCUGCAACAAUUAUCAAGCAAAAGAUCAAAAGUGCAAGAAGUUCAACCAGUGUGGGACGUGUGUUACUUUUGAGGAAUGUCACGUGAUAAAGAACUACACUCUCUGGAAAGUUGCAGAUUAUGGAACUGUCAGUGGGAGAGAAAAAAUGAUGGCAGAAAUCUAUGCAAAUGGGCCGAUCAGUUGUGGGAUCAUGGCCACCUCAAAGCUGGAUGAAUACAGUGGAGGAGUCUAUGCAGAAUACAAACCAUUGCCUAUAAUAAACCAUAUCAUCUCCGUUGCUGGCUGGGGAGUAGAAAAUGGAACUGAAUACUGGAUUGUACGGAAUUCUUGGGGAGAGCCCUGGGGGGAGCAUGGCUGGCUUAGGAUUGUGACAAGCGCAUACAAAGGAGGACGAGGAAGAGAAUACAACCUGGCUGUGGAACAGCACUGUGCUUAUGGAGACCCCAUCCUUCCUUGAGCUUUAUUGGUACUUCUCCUUUUGAAAUGAAAAGGAUCUUGCAGCAAGAUUUUCUCUUCUUCUUAACAAAGGGGAAGGACUGAUUUUAAGUUGCGCAUGGUACAAUUUUACUUUUCUUUUAGCCUGAUCCAUAGUUUUACAUGGGCUACACAAUCAAAGGCUUUGCUAUACUUUAUAAAGGUUAGUAGGAAAAGAGGAAGAUUAUAGGCAUUAUAGGUGGAAAAGGAAACCACAGCCCUGAGUUUGCAAGAUGGAGCAGAGCUAUUAAUAGCAGCAUGUCUUGGAAGUCUCCCAUUCACUGGGUCAUCAUGCGUUGGAGCUGAUCUGACAGCAUUUAAUAACAAAGAACAACAUGAUAACAAUAUCUUAACACAGAGAUGAAUCUACUGAUUUUUCAUAUUCAACCCUGUAUAUAACAGCUCUUAUUUGUGCAAAUAGAGAAGGUGAGAUUAUGAAAUGUGUUUAUAUUCUGCUUGGAAAGUUUUAUUUUCAAGAUUUUGUGUGUAGUCAUACUGAUGAAGUGACAUAAGGCUGUAUUACUUUAGCACUAUAACUCUAAAAAUAAUGGUGGAAAACAGUCUAGUAACAGAAAUGUAAUGAGAGAAUAAAGUCAGUAGAAAACCUUCAUGGUAAAGGUCACACACUCAUUCAAAAUAUCAUCAGUGAGAUGGUAAAAAAUAUGGUGUAAGAAACACAGAUAGUGGAUAAAGAUGUUUAUCAUUUACCUCAGCCUAUAUCAGAAACUACUGAAACAGGAACACAAAUCCACAUUGCUUGCAUGCUUUCUUAUGUGCUUCACACACACACAUGCACACACGCACACUCCUGCCUCUGAAUUGGUCUCCGAUACCGAAAGAACAAGAAGGUUAUAGUGUUAUAACAUGGAGACUGUUAAUACUCUAGAGAUUGAGGGGGAAAGGUUGUGAAUGAGACCAUAUGAAGAUAAUCUUCCCUCUUGCUGUCAGGAGUUGCAAAUGCACCUUGCCUGCCAUAAAAUGUUGAGUACUUGGUGUGAUGGAUUAUACAGCAGAAAUGGCUAUUGCUGAGACAUGUUUUUUUUCAGACACAGGUGCUGAGAUAAUACUGCAGGGGAGGCAGGCAUGAGUUAAGUCUGUUCAAGGUUGUUCCUAUGAAAAGAGUCUAGCAGUAACAACAAAGAAAAGGCAGUAUUAUAGCAAGAGAGGCAAAUGUUUUUUAUUAAUAUAGGUUAUGAGCAGAAGGCAGGAUACCAUGGGCCAAGCCUGCCUCUGGUUCUGACUCAGGUCAGUGCCCAGGGUGUUGUGGUGACAGGUGGGUUAUUCCAGGCAUGCCUGAUGCUGUGCCAUGUACCUGCUGACACAACGUGCCUCUUAUCUGACGCUACUAUUGCUUCCAUCCUCAAGGCCCCCGCUGUGGCCAGUAAGAACAGAAAUGGGGCUCUGGGCUACACCAAUGUGUCUAGGCACCCUUUCUGGUGUCAGAGGCCAUAGUGGAUGUGGGCAACAAGUAAGGGCCCACAGGGCCAUCUGGAAAUCCCAGGAAACUCCAUGGCAAACAGCUAGUCUUUUUGGCCUUGAUUAAGGCCCCUUUCAGCUGGGAAUGGUCUGGGAUUACUGGAUCGGCAUCUGGACUGGCUGAUUAUGGGCUGGGGCUAAUGACCUGUGUCUUUUGGACAGGAAGGUACCAAGCCAGGGAGAAUAUUGGCAUUUUGGCCCAUGCGUACAGGCCCUAUAAAAAUGAGAAUUAAGCUUGCCAUGAUUUGAAAUUGUGCACAGUUUAAUUAGGUAAUGUUAAUGCUUGCUGUUUAGUUCUGACAAUGAACAUCUCUGGAAUGACUCUGUAGUUAUUGAAUAAAGGUUUACUGAGUUUUAA